AUGGUGGUUUUCGUUGUACUCAUCGUCAUAUUCAUGUACAACACUGGCGAUGCUAGAGGAAAGGAUGACAUACUUGAUUUUGCGCCAUUAUCGGAAGAAAAAAUAGCUAAAGCAGCUGAAAGCUAUCGAGCACAGGAAAGAACCAUUCAAUCUGGUAUGCAAGGACUGAAUAAUCUUCAGCUGUUUACCGAGAAAAACUCAGAUCCUCUGCCACAGCGAAAAUUCGUCGGACUCUCCGCUGCAGAAAUGUGCGAAACAGGAAAAGCAGACUGUGUGGCCCCAUUUGCGAGAAUUCGACCGUUGAUAGUUACCGCUCCUAAUUACCAUAUGAUGUCGUGUAUAACACAGAAGAGCAUGUCUACAGUAAUGUCGGCCAUAUUUUGUUUCCUCAUUCGUGAAAAGGAGUUCAUCGAUGCUGGUCGCAGUAUUCUGCGUGAAUAUUCGGACAUAAGGCUAUGCGAAGGUCGGAACGAGUUUCAAAGUAUAAACGCUAUGCAACGUGAGUUGCACCUAAGCGAUCAGGACAUGGAUCGGUGGCGUUUCACUGUCGUCACUCGUGAACCGGUCGAUCGAUUUCUAUCGGGAUUUAUUGACAGAUGUAUAAGAGUAAGCGACUCAUGUUUUGGUUGUGGGACAAACAUGACAUGUUUUCUGGAAGAAGAGUAUAAGAGAGCUUUGGAAUAUGCAUUUGAUGAUAAGUUCAGUUUGUUGAAGCCAUCGUUAACACUCGAGGAUUUGCACAUUUUCCCACUGAACUGGCGAUGUAAUAUGGAAGAGUUCUAUGGGAAGUAUGAAUUCAUAAGAUAUUCGAAUGAUCCCGGCGGAACAUUGUUGGCGGAUUUGAAACCGUUGUUGCAAAGGCAGAAUGUUACGGAAUCCUCGAUCAACUACAUCGCUGAAUCGUUGCAAUCAGGCCGAACUGCGCAUAGUACGGUAGCGUCGGCCGCUCGAACAUAUUUUGAAAAACGAAUAAGGAGCAGCCCUUACUUGAUGGAACUGAUAGUUCGACUGUUCUAUAACGAUUACAAACUGUUUAAGUACGAUCUGCCAGACCUCGACAUGCUUCCAGUGCGGUUACCUCAGGAUUGA